CGCGCCAGCCCCCUGGUCGUGCCCCCUCUAUCAUCGUCGACGAAUUUGAUGACUGUUCGCCUCGCGCUCGAUCGCCUCGCGCACGAAGCCGGCUCGGUGCCAAUGCUGCUCGUCGUGCCCGAGACACCAGCUUUCCGCUGUCGUGCUCGAGAGGCGGCAGCAGGCGCUAUCGUGCUCGAGGUUGGCUGCUCGUACGGAGAGGCGACCGCAUCCCUUCUCGCCGCGGGCGCGGCGUCUGUGCUCGGGCUCGACUCAUCGAUCGAGUGCCUCCGCUCCGCUCGCGGCUCGGAGCGACUCGCGCCGCACCUCUCGACCGGACGCCUCUCCCUCCGCCUGCUCGACGCGCUUCGCUACCCAGCGCAGCUCCAGGCGGCCGCGCAGUCCGUUCGGCCUUCGGUGGUGCUGCUCGAUAUUGGCGGGGACCGUGACCUGCCCUCUGUCUUUCGCACGCUCUGCGCCCUGACCGACGCCACGUCGAGCCGGCCACCCAGGCUCUUCCUCGUCAAAAGCCGCGAGCUGUACGCCGCCGCCGCCGCCGCCGCCGCCGCCGGUGUCGGCACGUGGAGCACCUUGCGAGAGCGGCUGGCGAAGCAUGUCUCUCCGCCGCCGGCCUCGGGCGAGCGAGUGGCGGAGCGGGCCCGGGAGGGGCUGCGGGCGGCGGGAGGAGGCGGAGGAGGAGGCG